UCAUUUUUCACAGUUGACGGGCUGCUUUAAGAUGGCAAAGAAGGUGCUGAUCGUGUAUGCCCACCAGAGCUCUAGUUCAUUCAAUUCUGCAGCAAAAACUACUGCUGUGGAAGUUUUGACCACUCUGGGCUGCUCUGUGGAAGUUUCUGACCUGUAUGCUAUGAAUUUUAAAGCAACUGCCACUGCUGAGGACAUUAAAGGUGACCUUAAGGAUGCUGAAAAUUUUAGCUACUUGGAUGAAAGUAAGCUGGCAUGGGAGGAAGGGAGACUAAUGGAUGACAUCACUAAGGAGCAGUCUAAGGUCAUUGAGGCCGACUUCAUCAUCUUUCAGUUUCCAAUGUACUGGUUCAGUGUUCCUGCCAUCAUGAAGGGCUGGAUUGACCGUGUGCUCACAAACGGCUUUGCCUUCACACAAGAGAAACGUUACAGCCAGGGAAUCUUCAAGGAAAAGAGAGCCAUGCUGUCCUUCACCACUGGGUCACUUGAAUCAAUGUUCAGUGCUACUGGCAUUAAUGGAGACAUGAAUGUCACGCUGUGGCCGCUGCAGAAUGGAAUCCUGCACUACUGUGGCUUCCAGGUUCUGGCCCCUCAAAUCUUCUGGGCUCCAUUCUCAGCAACCCCUGAAGCUCGUAGCUGCAUGUUGGAGGGCUGGCGUGCACGACUGCAAGGUCUUCUAGAGGAGCAGCCUCUGUCAUUCAUUUCCCUGGACUGCUUUGACAAAAAGGGGUUCCAAUUGAAAUCUGAUGUCCAGGAGAAGCACGCAGCCAAGGAGUUCGGUCUGACGGUGGGAAUCCACAUGGGAAAGCCUCUGCCACCUCACAACCAGAUGAAAGCCGGAUCUUAAACAUGUUUGUUUGAAUGAUGA